UUCAGGAGAUGCUAAAAUAAUGGAACAUUAUAUGUCUUUUUUUGGAGGAAAACUUGUAGAUAAAUGGGAUACGAAAUGUACUCACUUAACAAUGAAGGAAUUCAGAUUGACUGUGAAAGCAUUACACGCCUUAGUUGAACAGAGACCAAUCGUUACUCUUGACUACUGGCGAAAUUUUGUGGACGCUGCACGCCGUGGACGUAGUACACUCCCCCAACCCAAUGAAUACAAGCCUAUAAAUAGCAAUGAUUUGAUGGGACAUAAUCUAGAUUGCACAAUAACACCGGCUCGUAAAACUGUUUUCAGCGGUAUGACAUUUGUGUUUAUGAAUGCGAACCAGCUUGAAAUAUAUGGACCCAUUAUAAUUAAAGCCGGUGGAGCUACAAAAGCUCUAAAAUUUUGUGUGCCAAAAUCUUUUUUACUUAAAAGUAACGUAGUUGUUUUGCAAUAUGUGCCCUCUACCCCAUCGCAAGGUACGCAAACGAUUAAUGUCAUUGAGAGUAAGUUUUUAUAAGUUCUUCGUUAUUUUUCCUUA